AUGCAAUUCUCCAUGAAAAACAUUUUGUAGGUUAGAAGAGCUGAACACUUGUUCACAUGCAGCUGUACAGGACACAUGGAGGACAGCUGACUCAAUUACAAAAGGGUAUUUGGGCUUGGCCAUGGAAUCAGUAUGGUUUUUAUUGCUGUUGGCAGUUUAUGUGUUAAAAGUGGGCACGCAGUUUAAUGGAUACAAUUGUGAUGCCAAUCAACACAGCAGAUUCCCAGCAGAAAGAGACAUCAGCGUCUACUGUGGAGUACAGACAAUCACCAUGAAGAUAAACUUUUGCACAGUUCUUUUUUCUGGUUAUUCAGAAACAGAUCUAUCACUCAAUGGAAAACAUGGAGAUGCCCAUUGCAGGGGCUUUAUUAACAAUAACACCUUUCCUGCUGUGGUUAUUUUCACCAUCAACCUGAGCACCUUGGAAUCAUGUGGAAACAGUUUAGUGGUAUCCACAGUACCAGGAGUUAAUGUAUAUGGGGAUGCUUCAAUGGUACAAAUAGGCAACAUAUCUGGAUACAUAGAUACACCGGAUCCUCCAACAAUUAUUAGUUACCUGCCUGGACUGCUAUAUAAGUUUAGUUGCAGCUAUCCACUGGAGUACUUGGUAAACAACACCCAGCUAGCAUCAUCUUCAGCUGCUAUUUCUGUUCGAGAUGGCAAUGGUACAUUUAUCAGCACUCUGAAUUUACUCCUCUAUAAUGAUUCAACCUACAGAGAACAAUUGCUAGUACCGAGCACAGGAUUGCCACUGAAAACCAAAAUAUAUGCAGCAGUGAGAGCGACUAACCUUGAUGGACGGUGGAAUGUUUUGAUGGACUACUGUUACACCACUCCUUCUGGUAACCCAAAUGAUGAAAUCAGAUAUGACCUCUUCCUCAGCUGUGACAAAGACCCUCAGACAACAAUCUUUGAGAACGGCAAGAGUCAAAUGGGGAGAUUUUCCUUUGAAGUAUUCAGAUUUGUCAAACACAAAAACCAGAAAAUGUCCACAGUAUUCUUGCACUGUGUAACAAAGCUUUGUAGAACAGAAGACUGUCCUUACUUGACACCUACGUGUCACAACAGAGAGAGAAGAGGUGCAGUUGUGAGAACAACAUUUACCCCCCAGAGUACAUCAGGAAAUGCUGUUAUAUCUGCAGGACCUAUUAUUACAAGAAGUGACGAGUCCCCAACAAACAACUCGCAGCUUGCCCAAGCAAGUAGUCCCAACUUUCAGAUCAAUUCUGUCACCAGUGCUCUCAUCUCAGGAGUGGUGAUCCUUGGAGUCACUAGCAUAUGUUUCUUCAUAUUUUCUCUCACGUUGCUAAGCAGAAAAAAACAAAACAGUUUGGUUUUAUGUGGUGUACAGAACCCAACUUUCAAUUAACAGACGCUAUUUGCACUUUUCUGUGAUGUUUUAUUUUUUUAACUAUAUCAUGGCUUGUAAAUGUACUUUAUGUGGACAGCUCCACAACAUGUUGACAUGUCACCUGAUGUACUUUUAUUUACCAUAUUGUAGCAUGUGCAUUGUAUAGUAUAGAUAAUGUAACAAAUAAUGUUACUAUGUUCUUAUUUCAUUAUUAAGUAUUAUUUGUUCUUUAAAACUAAGAAAUAAAUGUAUUAUCUUAAACUUAGAAUAAUUGUAGCAGCUGAACUGAAACAAG